UUUCUCUUGUGUAUCCAACACUUCAUAUCUCUAUCUCUCUCUCUCUAUAUCUAUCUGCAAUAUAUACAUACAUACAUACAUAGAAGGUUGUGUAUGCAAUGGCUGCCAUAGGAGACAACAAGGACAACGUUGUUGUGCCCAAAAUGAAACUUGAAAGGAUGCUUAGCAUGAAAGGAGGCAAAGGAGAGGGUAGCUAUGCCAACAAUUCUCAAGCCCAGGCACAGCACGCUAGAUCAAUGCUUCACCUACUGAAAGAAACCCUAGACUUGGUCCAGUUAACGGCGACGGAUGACGUGCCGUUUGUGAUCGCCGAUUUGGGGUGUUCCUGCGGCGGCAACACCAUCUACAUCGUCGACGUGAUCGUGAAGCACAUCGUGGAGAGGUACGAGGCCUCCGGCGAGGAGGCGCCGGAAUUCUCGGCGUUUUUUUCGGACCUCCCAUCCAACGACUUCAACACGCUGUUCCAGCUGCUGCCGCCGAUGGCCAACAACGGCGGCGGCAGCAUGGAGGAGUGCCUCGCCUCCACCACGCACCGCUCCUACUUCGCCGCCGGUGUCCCCGGGUCGUUCUACCGCCGGCUGUUCCCCAAGAAAUCCGUCGACGUUUUCUACUCCGCGUUUUCUUUGCACUGGCUUUCUCAGGUGCCGGAGAUAGUGGUGGAGAGCAGAUCAACGGCGUACAACAAAGGGAGGAUAUUCAUCCACGGCGCAAAGGAGAGCACAGCAAACGCGUACAAGAAGCAAUUCCAGAGUGAUUUGGCAGGGUUCCUUAAGGCAAGGUCAGUAGAGAUGAAGAGUGGUGGUUCAAUGUUCUUGGUCUGCCUAGGAAGGACCUCCGUGGACCCCACUGACCAAGGUGGGGCCGGCCUCCUCUUUGGGACCCACUACCAGGAUGCUUGGGAUGAUCUUGUCCAAGAGGGGCUAAUUACGAGUGAGAAAAGGGACAACUUCAACAUUCCGGUAUAUGCGCCGAGCCUGCAAGAUUUCAAGGAGGUGGUGGAAGCCGAUGGGUCGUUUCACAUAAACAAGCUGCAGGUGUUCAGAGGAGGGAGCCCGCUGGUGGUGAGCCACCCGGAGGACGCGGCGGAAGUGGGGCGAGCCUUGGCGAAUAGCUGCCGGAGCGUGAGCGGGGUGCUGGUGGACGCGCACAUCGGGGAGCAGCUCAGCGAGGAGCUGUUCUCCCGAGUGGCGCGCCGAGCCACGAGCCAUGCAAAAGAGCUACUGGAACAGCUGCAGUUCUUCCAUAUAGUGGCUUCUCUUUCUCAUGCAUGUAGAUAGAGAGAGAAGAGGAAAAGAAAAGGCAUCUUUGUCUUUCUUUUCUUUAAAAAAAAAAACACAAAAAAAUAAUAAUAAAAGCAGUGUAGAAAGAGGGGGCAAAAGACUUCUGUUUGUCGUUUAUUUUGUCUGCUUUUCUUUUCUUUUUCUUUUUUUUUCUUAAUUUUUUGUUAACUUUUUAGUUGUGACUUACUAUGUUAAUUAAAUUGUUAAGUUGCUAUGAAUACAGCAGUGUUUAUUAGUAGUCUAAAAAA